AUGAGUAAACAAGUGAACAAUUACAAUUACAUAUUGACAGAUAUAGCACAGAUGACAGAGGCAAAAAUGGUUAUUUUCGAUGCAGCUGGAACAUCAAAGAAAUGCAAAUGCUACGGGAAAAACAUCAUUGUCACUCUUCAACCAACAACAAAACUCGAACAUUUCCAAACAUUUGUUCAUCUCUGUCAAAUUUCGUUUCUUGUAUUCAUUCGCGUUUGCCCUUCAUCCGACCUACCUUCUCAUGCUCUUCCACUUCCUCUCUUUGCUACUUAUCACGUUCAGUUUUCUAUUUUGUUCUGUUUCAAUUCUCCAAUACCGCAACAUGUGCUCGUCCAUCAAUGCUUAUAUAAUCGAUCGAAAGGAAUGAUGGGGUGGUAUACAGCAGCCGGUUUUCAAAGAACCAAAUCGGAGAAACCAUUCCAGUUGAGGAUUGUUCGUUGCCGGAUCAGCUACUAG